AAACCAACUCAUCUUGAUAAAAUCUGGCUGAGAAUGAAAUCAUGUAAAGAAACUGCCAGCAGAUUUUUGUAAUACUGAGUCCUCAUGAACCUCAUGGCACAGCUGUACUACAAGAAGGCGAGCUACUCGCCGUAUCGGGAUCGCAUCCCGCUGCAGAUUGUGCGGGCCGAGGCUGAGCUGUCAGCCGAGGAACGCGCCUAUCUGAGUGCAGUGGAGAAGGGCGACUAUGCCGGUGUCAAGAUGGCCCUCGAGCAGGCUGAGAUAUACUACAACAUUAACGUCAACUGCCUGGACCCACUGGGACGCAGCGCUCUCCUCAUUGCCAUCGAGAACGAGAAUCUGGAGGUGAUGGAGCUGCUGCUGAAUCACGGUGUGCAUGUGGGAGAUGCUCUUCUCUAUGCCAUCCGUAAGGAGGUGGUUGGUGCAGUGGAGUUAUUGCUGUCCCAUAGGAAGCCCAGUGGUGAGAAACAGGUGCCUGCUCUGAUGAUGGACACCCAGUUCUCAGAGUUCACGCCUGACAUCACACCCAUCAUGCUGGCAGCACACACCAACAACUACGAGAUCAUAAAACUUCUGGUCCAGCGCAAAGUCACUGUACCACGUCCACACCAGAUCCGCUGUGACUGUGUAGAGUGUGUUUCCAGCUCAGAGGUCGAUAGUCUCCGGCACUCUCGCUCCCGUCUCAACAUCUAUAAGACACUUGCAAGUCCCUCCCUAAUUGCCUUGUCCAGUGAGGACCCCAUCCUUACAGCAUUCCGGCUUGGCUGGGAGCUUAAGGAGCUUAGCAAGGUGGAGAAUGAGUUCCGACAGGAGUACGAGGAGCUCUCGCAGCAGUGUAAGCUCUUUGCCAAGGACUUGCUGGACCAGGCGAGGAGCUCCCGCGAGCUGGAGACAAUCCUCAACCACCGCGAUGACCACAGCGAGGAGCUAGACCCUCGCGAAUGCAGAGAUCUGGCCAAGCUAAAGUUGGCCAUUAAGUACCAUCAGAAGGAGUUUGUUGCCCAGCCCAACUGCCAGCAACUCUUAGCCACUUUGUGGUACGAUGGUUUUCCUGGAUGGAGGCGACGUCACUGGGUGGUAAAGCUGAUCACGUGCUUCACUCUUGGACUGCUCUUCCCAGUCUUCUCUAUCAUCUACCUUCUGGCUCCAAAAAGCACCCUGGGCUUCUUUAUCAAAAAACCCUUCAUCAAAUUCAUUUGUCACACUGCGUCUUACCUGACCUUCCUCUUUCUCCUACUUCUGGCUUCACAACACAUAGUACAGACUGACCUACAUGUCCAGGGUCCACCGCCCACUGUUGUGGAGUGGAUGAUCCUACCAUGGGUUCUGGGCUUCAUUUGGGCUGAAAUCAAAGAGAUGUGGGAUGGAGGUUUUACUGAGUAUGUCCAUGAUUGGUGGAACUUGAUGGACUUUGCUAUGAACUCUCUCUACUUAGCCACCAUAUCCCUGAAAAUGGUGGCCUACUUUAAGUACAACAGCUCCCGUCCUCGGGAAGAGUGGGAGAUGUGGCACCCUACACUGAUUGCAGAGGCGUUGUUUGCCAUCGCCAAUAUAUUUAGCUCACUGCGGCUUAUCUCGCUCUUCACGGCUAAUUCUCACCUGGGCCCACUGCAGAUAUCGCUGGGCAGAAUGCUGCUUGACAUCCUCAAGUUCCUCUUUAUCUAUUGCUUGGUGCUGUUGGCUUUUGCUAAUGGCCUCAACCAGCUUUACUUCUACUAUGAAACGGAAGCGGCUGACGAGCCCAACCACUGCAAAGGCAUCCGCUGUGAGAAGCAGAACAAUGCCUUUUCCACGUUAUUCGAGACUCUUCAGUCUCUGUUUUGGUCAGUGUUUGGACUGCUUAGCCUGUACGUGACCAAUGUGAAAGCCCGGCAUGAGUUCACCGAGUUUGUCGGAGCCACCAUGUUUGGCACUUACAAUGUUAUUUCACUGGUGGUUCUGCUCAACAUGCUUAUUGCCAUGAUGAACAACUCCUACCAGCUCAUCGCUGAUCAUGCAGACAUCGAGUGGAAGUUUGCCCGCACCAAGCUGUGGAUGAGCUACUUUGAUGAGGGGGGUACACUUCCCCCUCCAUUCAACAUCGUCCCCAGUCCCAAGUCAGUGUGGUACCUGUGUGUUUGGCUGCAUAGCCGAGUUUGUGGCAAAAAAGAGCCAAUCCCUGAGGAACAGCACAAGCACGACAACCUCAAAGAGUUCACGGAACGGCAUGCUGACAACCUUAUUCAAAACCAGCAGUACCAGGAGGUAAUCAGAAACCUGGUGAAACGAUACGUGGCAGCCAUGAUCCGCAGAACCAAAUCAGAUGAGGGGCUGACUGAGGAAAACUUCAAGGAGCUCAAGCAGGACAUCUCAAGUUUCCGCUAUGAGGUCCUGGAUCUGCUGGGCAACCGCAAGCCUCCGCGACGGACCUACUCCUCCAGCAGCGAAGCUACACAACCAGAGGCUGAGCCAGAAGAUGACGAGAAACACACGGAAGAGAGGAAAAGAGGAGCGAGACGUGUAGGACGAGCACAGUCAAGUUCAAAUUCAUAUUCUCAGUCAGACAAGCGGAAGCGUGAGGGCCAGUUUACUGUUUCAGCCCUGUUCCGUUCUAUGGCAGGUCUGGAGGAAGUAGACGAUGGACCGAAAAGCAAUGGCUUGAAAAAAAGCAGGUGGUCACCCCCAUCGUUUGUGAGGACGAGUGGCCGCUUACGACACUUCUCACGGUCCAAAAAGGACUCGCUGCGGCGGUUGGGCUCACUGUUUCGGCGUGUAAACGGACACGUGGCUGAAACGCGUUUAAAAGGGCCUUCUUCACAACAGCAGCUCACAUACAGUAUUUCAGAUGGAGUUUUGCAGCCGCCGACAUCCUGGCGAGACACAGGGGCUCUACCCACUAACCAGAUAACAAGUAAGAUGUAUCUGCACACUCUCGGAGUGGAGUCUGGAGACAUAGACAAAAGUCAAACACAGUUGAUGUCCAACAAAUCAAAUGACACUGACAACAUUCUGUUAAGGCCCCCUGGCCUGCAUGGUGCUUCCAGCCUAAGAGCCUCCAGUUCCCGCUUGCUUUCCUCCAGUGAGGAUCUCUGUCAGGGCUUUGCAGGACCAUGUGACAGUCUUGACUCAUCCUAUUGGGAGCAGGAGGAGUCCAUUACUACACAGCUUUAGAGGCAGAGACUCUCAUUGGCUGAUGAAGCAUAGGCCGUAAUGAGCAAGGCUGGCCUACCAAGACUGUUUAAUGGGCCAAAAUAACAGUACUAUUCUCAAUAUUUGCAAUGGACAGCACUCCUAAAUAUAUUCUAUAUGCUUUAUUAUGGCAAAUAUAAUUAGCAAAUAAGUAGUCUUUAAAUGCAGUAUUGGGAAUGUUAAGACUUAAGUUUUCAGCAAUAUGGGAGCAUUUGUGCAUCUAUGACUCUAAUGCAAUGCUAAUUUUAAUGUCAGUUACACACUUUUUGCAGCAUAUUCCUGUCAGU